AUGGUAUGCCUUUGCGUUACUUUUGAAUCGUCAAAAUUGUCAGAUCGGUAUAUUUUGUGGAUCCUAAGUGACAAAAUGCCUCUUUCUCUCAACCCACUUCCCUUGACUCCUCCUCCUCCUCCCUCCUCCUCCUCGAUCCCUUCACCAGAUCCACCACCCCUCCCUCUGCCACCUCAGCCGCCGCGAUCUUCUUCGAACUCAUCACCAAACCCUUCUCUUUCUAUCUCUUUCCUCAUAAUCCAUCUAUAUUUAUUCAUAUAUCUUCCUCAUCCUCAUCAUAUCCUUUCAAAGGGAUUUAGGGGGAAAGAAGAAGAAGAAAUGUGUGCAAGUCUUUUAACAAUUGCAACCCAAUUCAUGGUGAUAUCCAUCAUCAUUGCAUCCAUCAUUCUCUUCAUUGGCAUUGGAGUCUUGGUUCUGUUGCAUAUCUGCAUUGUAGGAAAAGCAUUUAGAAGGAGUCUGAACACAAUUUCGCAAGGAGAUGAGCUUAAGAAUGAAGGGAACAAUGGUUUGUCCCCUGAUGAUUUGGAGAAGCUCCCUUGUUAUGAUUUCGACGGCGAAGAAAAAGAUUGUGCAGUUUGCUUGGAGAGCUUUAGAAAUGGGGAGAAAUGCAUGUUACUGCCAAUGUGCAGGCAUAGUUUUCAUGCUCAGUGUGUUGAUUAUUGGCUCAUGAAGACACCGACUUUGGUGGUCAUUUGUUGA